AUGUCUGCUCUUAUAAAGAUGUAUGCUAAAAAAACGAACACAUUGGAACCAUGUGAUGGUACUGAUGAUAGUGGUUAUUUUAAUUCAGUCAAAAAUAUUGGACUGGAAAAAGAUGCAAAAACACAAAAAAUUAAAUCUGAUGAUACAAUGGAAUUUCGUAUGACACCAGUGCCAAUUUAUAACAAAGAGCAAAUGGAACAAUUGUAUUGGAGAGAGGUGUGCGAUGGUAAAAUUGAUUGUUGGCAUGCGAUUGAUGAAAGUAGCAUGUGUUUCGAAUUAGAACGAAAUCACUGUGAUAAUGAACUCGAAUACCGUUGUCGUAUGGGCACGUGCAUAUCGAAAAGUUUUGGAUUUGAUAUUUAUCCCGAUUGUAUGGAUGACAGUGAUGAAGUUGAUACGAAAGUUGUAACACGCCGUUAUUCUGUACGUAUGUUUUCAUCGACCAUUGAAUGCGGGGAACAUUUUUGUGGUCAUGCACAAUUUUCAUGCAAUGAUGGACAAUGUUUACGAAAUUAUUUUCAUUAG